AUGGAGACUGUACGUCGCGCCUCAAAGCGCAUCUUCGCUAAAAUGGGUCACUCAGCCCUAGAGACGAUCCCCAGUCCUUACCACAUGUUUCUUGCCCUACUCCGCAUCAAUUUCACUGUCUCCUCUACUCUCUUCCCCAUGAUCGGCUUCGAACACGUUCUACCCACCGCAAGGUGCGUGCACAUGGGAGACCAUCAUGUCUGCCCCAGUCUCGCGACUCGCAACUCGAUCCCAGUAUCCUCAACACCGGAGAUCUCAUCUGGUCCUGAAGGAUACUGGAAGAUCGGUGCAUCUCCCUUCCCCUACAGCUCACAGCCUGCCACCCUGAGACUCAAGGCCAAGGAGGCUGAGCAGGCCGAGCAUGAAGCACAGGCUGAAAAGACUCAACAAGCUUCAGAUGCUCCCAAGGCCAAGAAGAUCAAAACCUCCAAGGCUCCCAAGGCUCCUAAGGCUGCCAAGGCCGCCACUGCCCCAAAGGUCGAUAAGGCCUCCAAAGUUGAAAAGGCCCCCGAGGCCAACAACGGAUCCCAACCCGAAACGUCAAACAAGACGACCAAGCUUGUUUUGAAGGCUCCCAAGCCCGAACAGGCACCAAAGGCUGAGAAGGCCCCGAAAGCUGCUGAGGCCGCAAAGGUCAAGAACGCACCCAAGGCCAAGAAAGCCACAAAGGUCGAAAAGGUACCUAAAGUCGAAAAGACAAUAAAACCUAAUAAAAUCACCAAGGCUCCAAAGGAGAAAAAGGCCUCAAAGUCCAAGAAGGCUGCGGCCAGCAAAGCAAAGGCAGAGCCCCUUCCGCCUGCCGCUACGGGCUCCACCCAGCUCGGAGAUCUCAAGGCCUCUGCUCAACCCGUGACUCGACGGAAGCUUCAGAAGAAGCCCCCGGGCCCUUCGCAGCCCGACUUGCAGCUCGACACUUCCCUGCGGACCAUGAAACCGAUUGGGGAAUACCCAUCGCCUGCGGAAUACCGCGCCGUCGCCGUAUCCCCUCGCAUUCCCCCACGGCGCGAUGAGAUCGACGCGACUCCCACUCUUGCCUCCGACAGCGGGCUUGAGAACCCGACAAUCGCAAAGGAUCAUGUUGAAUACCUUGCGACCGCACCGGCGGCUCCUAUCCCAUCUCCAGACGUCGAAACACCCGCGGAUGAAUCCACUCCACAAGUCUCACUUGAGGACAUAAAGUGGAUUUACAACCAUGAGGAGUUCGCAGUACCCCGAGCAGUACUCUAUGAUAUGCCUGUCCCCAAAUGGCCAGGCUACAACUAUCCAAGACUUCACAGACUGAUGGAGGCGUCUAUCACCCAUAAUUGCGCAACUGGCACUCCGGUCCAUGUCAGAAACCUUCUUCACCUUUGGUGGAAAGCCGGCAAAGAUAUAUUCUAUUGCGUUUUGAUGGAUAAUCUCUUUAAGAAAGCAGAGGACCGCGUCAUCGACUACACACUGGCACUUCAAUUGGUGCUGACUGAGGAGGAAAAUCAAGCUCAAGACUGGUAUGCUGAAUACGUACGAGACACUCUACCUUUGGCAAAACCGCCCCAUGUUGCUGAGGUUGCCCACGAGCUUAACGGGCCCCCUGUAUCUCCGGAGAUUGAGAUGUCCCCGCCUGCGACGAUCUCCCAGAUGCUUCAGACAUCCCAGGAGCCUCAGAUGCCUCAGGGCAGUGACUCGGGCUUAUCGUCUAUCAACCCGUUUGCUCAAGCGCCUGCAUUCAAGCCUUCUGAUAUCUAUCGGGACACCACUGGUCCUCGCCUGGAGGAGCUGUUCACAAACGGCAAAUCCAACACCGCUCCACUCAAGCGUCCCAAGAAACCAUGCCCAGUCAAUGAGAAUGCUUUCCAGCGCAAACGCCAGUGGGAGAGUGACUCAGAUCAUGAUGAAACAAUGAACGAGAAGCGCCUUCGUUUUUCCGAGCAGCAGCCUAGCUUAAUGGACAUGGAGUUUCCUGAGAGCAGCAUGCGUUCAACAGUUGGGCUUGGGCCUGAGUCGGAGUCUGAGUCUGACCUCGAUCGCAGUGAAUACACCUUUGAGGGUAUUCCCCGCAGUAUUCUGAGAGGUGACCCCAGGGCGAUUGAGGCCGCUCGAACUCUCCCUCCUGAGGGCGAAAUCCUCGACCCAGAGAUUGGCGGGGACUGGGCGCUUGAACCUCCUCUUUGCAUGCAGCGCCAGCAAGUGUCUACACCUCCGCCCCAGAGCAACAGGCCUCAUAAAAAGCGAAAGAGAAAUAAGGGGAAACAGCGGGCACGGUCGCUUUCCGUCGACACCACAAUUUCCACCCUAUCGUCACUUUCCAAUUCAUGCUACUCUCUGCGUUUCAACGACUGGGAUGCGCCGCACCAACCACGCCAAAUGCCAAAUUCCAUGUACUCCACCCCCGAGAACAACGACGACUGUGAAGAAUGUGGAAAAGGAGGCAACUUGGUUUGCUGCGACACCUGCCCCAGAGCGUAUCACUUCAAGUGUUUGGUUCCGGCCUUGGAUCCCAACAAUCCGCCGCAGGGAGAUUGGCACUGCCCCAAGUGCUCGAUCCGCAACACUUUCACCACCUUGAUCGCCCACAGCAACGAACACUUGAAGAAGACUGAAUAUUCGGCCCCCCAGGACGUCAAGGAUCAUUUCGUUGGAGUGGAUGAGGGCGUCGUGUAUGAUGCGGAUUAUGCCCGGAAUCUGAAGCACCAACGAUACUACAAGUCUGCGCCCCACCUGCCGCGGCUGACUAAACCACCCAAGCAGGAUGGCCCUACCGCAUACGCGCAUCCCAUGCUUCUCCGAGAAGUUGACACCAAGGGAGAAACCAUCCGUUGCAACAAUUGUGGUCUUUCGUCAGAAGGUGUCCGCCCCAUCAUCACUUGUGAUUACUGUCCUUCCCGUUUUCAUCUCGACUGUUUGGAUCCGCCACGCGCUCAUCCCCCUAACCCCAAAGUCGGAUGGAUGUGUCCUAAUCAUGUUACUCCUGAAGACAUGAUUGUCACCAAGGAAAACUGCGGCCACGAGCGUGCGCGCCGUGUCCGCCGCACCAAGAACAUGGCUUAUGUCGAUUGUGACAUUCUCCUCCCUGAUGAUCCGAACCAGAGUUUGUUCGACGAAGAAUACAGGGAAAAGCGAGCUCGCUUCCUUGCAGGAGAUGUCGUCUUGAACUUCAUCGGCGCCGUGAAAGAAGAUCACCGCGAGCGUCAAGUCAAGUACGCCGCCAGAGUUGAGAAGAAGUGUCUCGACUUAACCCGCCAAAUCACCCAUGAAUUCCUGGAGCGUCAGGGCGCCGCUGGAGCCAGAGAGCCCACCUCGGAAGUCCCUGCCUCCCUCAAGGAAAAUGUCACCACCUCAGUCCGCAACAUGAUUGCUGGAGCCCCUGUCACCACCAAUGACCUCGAUGCCGCUACCCUCCUCCUCGGCCUGGCUCGCACCCUGGCUGAGCCCACCCCUUCUUCCUCCAAGGGCCAAGAGACCGUCGAUCUCACCGAGCCCAUCCCCUCCCCCAAGGCGGCCUCCGCCAAUUCCGUGGAGUCGGAGAAAACCGACACCCAGAAGGCUCCACGCCUCAAAAUUUUCCAUCGGGGCAAGCGCGCCCGCGAUGAUGAAGGUUCUCUUGAAGAACCGGCGCAGAAGCGCCAGCACACCGACUCCGAGUAG